AUGGCUUCAUCACCGGCAUUGUUUACUGCCUCGCGCAGCCAGACACUAACUUAUCUCCUGGCGGUGUGCCCUUUCUCAAUCGCCUUCCUAGUCUAUAUCAAUUCAUCCAUCUCAUUCGUCGUAACGGAUUUGAUUGGCCUCCAGGAUGGAGUGGGAGAUUCAGUGGGAACUCUAGGAUUCGCAGAUGAACUCCUUGCGCUAGUUGCCUGCCCACUUUGGGGUGUUCUCUCGGAUCGAAUCGGAGUCCGCCAUGUAUGUACUGCAGGCUAUGCUAUUGUAGCACUCGCGCUAGUCGUUUUUGUGCAAGCCACGAAUGUCUAUCCCCAGCUUCUCUUGGGAAGGUUGCUUUUCAGUAUCGGCGGUUCGGCAGUAUCGACCAUGGUCACUGCAGUUUUGCCAACUGUCACUGGUACUGCCUUUAAUGCCCAGGCUUAUCGCGCAUCUCUGUCUUCGGAAUUGACCAUCACACCGGAGCGUGCCCGCAAUGGUCAUUCCGUAAAUGUUGGCGCUUCAACCGCAUCUCCGUCAGCGCGACUCUCCGGUUUUGUUGGCAUGUGUGCGGGCUGUGGUGCGCUCGUGGCACUGGUUGUUUUCCUCCCGCUUGCAGCCCGGUUCGAGAAGAUGGGCUUGUCGCCAGCGCAGGCAAUCCAACGCAGCUAUUAUCUGGUUGCUGUCGUAUCCCUUGUUAUCUGCCUUGUAUGCUUCAUUGGUCUUCGCGAUCUUCCCGGAGAAAAGGGCAAAAGUUGGAGUGCGCUUUGGAAAACGUCUCAUCACUCGUGCAAUGACGAUGAUGACGACGAUGAAGACGACGAUGAUCUAUAUAUCCAUGGCCCAAGAUUGCCGUAUUGGAAGCAGUUGACAACCGCCCUUACACUGGGAUUCCGAAACCGUAGCAUCGGACUCGGCUACGUCGGAGGCUUCGUCGCUCGGGCCUCUUCUGUGGGGAUAUCAUUGUUCAUUCCCCUCGCUGUCAAUCACUACUAUCGGGUAUCGGGGCUAUGCGACGAGGAACAUGAACCGGUUCCUGGGUCGGGAUUGGGGGACAUCAAGAAAGCGUGCCCACGUGCAUACAUCGUCGCAUCCAUACUGACCGGGGUGUCCCAAUUGGUGGCAUUGAUUGCAGCCCCAGCAUUUGGGUACCUGACAGACAAAUCACGACGGUACAAUUUCCCACUUCUUUUCGCGGCAUUGGUGGGAAUCGUUGGCUAUAUUAUCUUCGCCAUGCUCCCAAACCCUUUAUUCGACAGACCCGACGGCAAUCCGGGCGUGUUUGCUGUGAUGGCUCUGCUUGGAAUCAGCCAAAUUGGGGCAAUUGUCUGCAGCUUGGCUGUAUUGAGCAACGGUAUCUUGCGGGUUAGCAUCGAUAAUGAAACGUUAAGAAAAAUAUAUGAGGAGCGACGGGUCCAUGGGGACGAAAAUCACGCAGAGCCUGACGAGGGCCAAUCUCUUCUUGCCGGGUCUGUCAACCGGAGAUUGGAGCAUCUGUCCCACCUGAAGGGCUCUAUCGCAGGUGUAUAUUCAUUAUAUGGCGGGGCAGGCAUCCUGCUGUUGACCAAAGUGGGUGGACUUCUAUUUGACGUUCUGUCAUCGGGCACACCGUUCUACAUCAUGGCGGGUUUUAAUGGCGUGCUGCUUGUUAUUGGAAUUAUCUGUGGGGGCAUCAACCACUUCGGAUCGCCCGGAUAUUGA